AUGCACCCGCACGGUGAUAGCUCGCCCUUCGACAGCCCUACCUUCGGUCGCGAUGCAUCCAUCCGCGUCGACGAGCCCGUUGGCUCUGCCUCCAUUUCGCCCAGCAGCCGCGACAUCGUGCUCGCGUCGCGGGAAGGGCUGCACAUCAUAGACCUUGACAACCCCUACUCGCCGCCCCGUCACCUCGCCCACCGCACCCUGUGGGAGGUUGCCGACGUGCAAUGGUCGCCCUUCGCGAGCCACGACGGUCUGGUCGCCAGCACGUCGAACCAGAAAGCCCUGAUCUGGGACCUGAACCAUGCCAAUCAGCCACCGCUGACCCUUCAUGCUCAUGCGCGUGCCAUUACCGACAUCAAUCUCUCCGCACAUCACCCGGACAUCCUCGCGACCUGUGCUGUCGAUACCUUUGUGCAUAAGUGGGAUUUGCGCGCUCCCGACAGGCCUGUGUUCUCGUAUGCGCAAUGGGAUGGAGGCGCCGCGCAGGUCAAGUGGAACAGGCAGGAUCCUCAUAUCCUGGCCUCUGCCCAUGACAAGUUGCUCUGCAUCUGGGACGAGCGCAAAGGUGUGGAACCUCUCCGCACCAUUGAGGCCCACAAGAGUAAGAUUUAUGGUGUCGAUUGGAACCGCAUGCACCAAAGCGGCGUUCUGACCUGCUCACUGGAUGGCUCCAUCAAGUUCUGGGAUUAUACUCUCGAGGAAGACGAGAUGCUGGAGCGUGUCAUCAGGACGCCCUUUGGCGUGUGGCGAGCGAGGCACACUCCCUUUGGAUGGGGUGCGCUCGCCAUGCCCCAACGAGGCGACUUCGAUUUGCACCUCUACGACCGGAGGUCGCAUGACGGCGUCAAACUGGAUUCCAGAGUCAGCCCAGCCCACACGUUCAAGGGCCACAAUGGUCAAGUUAAGGAGUUCCUAUGGAGAACGCGUGGCGAUGUUACGGAUGAUUGCUACGACCAUCGUGAAUUUCAACUUGUAUCAUGGGGCAGUGAUCGCCAGCUGAAUUUGUAUCGCAUCGACUCAUCUAUCCUCGGCUCGGUUGGAUACAAGAAGGGUGAGAAGACGCGCCAGAAGCUGUUCAUGACGCGGCAAGGUGCUCUGUACAAGACUUUCCACGACGAAGCCCCUGUCUCAACUCCACAGACGAAAUUGGCCGAUCAGCAGGCUCAUCCUUUUACUGCGCCCAGCCAGCUCAGUGCUCUCUUCCAGUCUGCCGGCAUGAGCAAGCCCAGCCUACCGUAUGCUCAAACGGCCUUCCAAGGACCUGGUGCUAGCGCUCGAGACCGUGGUUUAACGUCCAUGCAAGCCCGCGGUUUGACGACUAUGCAGGCUCGCACUCGUGAGAAGAAGACUGUGGACAAGCUCACCUGGAUGCAGGGAGUCAAGAUUGGCGGACGUGACGGUCAAUUCAAUCGUCAUGGCUCCAGGCCUGAUGUAUUCUCACCGGAUCAGCAGCUGCUGUGGGAUUCACCCGAGAGUCUUGGAGACGAAAUCACGCACGUGGGCAGCAAGUUCAAGAAAGUCAAAUUCGAAGAGGUUGAAAUUCCUCGCCGGACUGCAACAGUCACACUGAACGGCCCAUGGGGCGAAAACGACACUCCGGUCUUCAUGAGAAUCAGCAUCCGGUUUCCACCAGAUUACCCUGUCUCGGCAACCCCUCACUGUAGCAUUGAGAAAACAACCUCAUACAUUUCAGAGGCCACAAUCUCCAAACUGGACAGCGAGAUCAAAGCGCUCGCUGAAGUAUAUAAGAACCGCAAGAGAGGGUCUCUGGAUGCUAUCAUCAGCUACCUUCUCGGAGAGCGGGGUCUCGAAGAGAGCAUCAGUUGGCUUUCUGAUGGUGCUCUCACGGACAGUGUCACGCAGGAUGAAGACAGCUCCAGUGACGAAGAAGACGAGGUGGGAGCAGACUUUGCAACACCCGCCAUGGAGAUGAGCGGCACGGAUAUCCUUGGGCCCCUCAAUGCGAACGCCAACGUUCCUCUUCCGUGCCAAUGCGGUGCUGCUUGGUCAAGUGAUGGCCGCCUGGUCACCUUCUUUCCACCAAAGCCCGAACCUAAGCCCAUGUUCUCAAACCUCGAGGCUUUGCGAAACGAUAGUCGCACAUACAAGAGCAAGAGAAUCUUCGAGAUGUUAGGUCAACUGAACAAGGAAUCUCCAGACCCUGGCAGGAAGUCCUCUUCAGCCGUCGAUAAUCCAGAUGACAGCGACUCCCAGGGUUCAUGGGAAACUUCAUCCAGCUCCUCAUCCGGCUCACCUGUGCGUGGAGGUCUAUCUGGAAUAGCACCACCGGUCGCAUGGCGCGGUGGCCCGUUGAAGUUCCAGCGGUCUUCGCAGCACUCGAGCGCUGGCUACGACGCGAAGCCUAUAACCGCUAAGCCAAAGUCCAUCAUCGCCAUACGCAGUCUUGAGGAUCUGCUUCCCGCAAAGAGGGAGCUCGCCGAACGAUAUGAAGUCUUUGGUGAAGCUGCCGAUGUUUGCUCACACAACGCUGAAGUGGCGAGAGACUGCGGCUACGCCGAGCUGGUCGACAUCUGGAACCUUAUUGGCCUUAUCAUUGCGGAUCAGGUGCCGUUGGAGGUCAUGCAGCAAAGCUACCGCCGCGAACCAAUUUUAGUGGUGGCAAAAAGGACAGCGGUUCAAAUUCGCAAGAAAGACAGCGGUCUUGACCUGAGUUUCGAUGAACCCGAGGCUAUUGCCAAACCAAAACUGAAGAGCCGUGUCAAGUGGGGCCAUCAUCCAUUUGGCAAGGUGCUGGUGCAGCGUCUUUUUGAACACUUUGAGAGGCUCGCCGACAGCCAGAUGCUGGCUAUGCUUUCGUGCAUGUUCCACGAGCCAGCAGCGAGUGAGGGCGUAACUACUGGUAUGAUGAUGCGCAAUCCACAUGCAGACCUGCAUCUCUCCAUGAGGACACCUGCGUUUUCUCUGGACUAUUUUCCCUCCAAAGAGGUUGCUGCGAGCUUGUUCAAACCAAAGUUCUCCUUCACGGAUCAAUACGACAACGGCCACUUCCAUCCGAACAUAGGCCACGAUGCAGGAUUGUCUAAAUACGACAAGCGACUGAAUACUUUUGGUUCUGCAGGGUCUUCAAACGGUCCAUGGGGAGGCGAUUUGCCCAGCGGGCCCACGACGCCCUACUCGACCGGAGACACGCCGCCUCCUACACUCUCACGUUCUAGUACCUUUCGCUCUGCAUCUAGCGCCUACGCAAGCUUAGCGUCAUCGCCCGAGCGCAGUAAGCGCAGUGGCACACCAUUCACUAGUGCCUUGACAUCCUUCUCACGGCCCUUUCAAACCGCAAACAACUCACCUCCAGCUCGCCAACGGACUCGAACCUUUGAGGGAGACCUCUCUACUUCUGCACCGGAAAAGAGCAGCGUAACCUGGGGCCCGAAUACGGUAUAUGGAGGCGCCUCCACCGGCUCCAACUCUUCUUCUGUACAGCGCUCUAAUAGUAGCAAACGUAACCGCGCGACUACACAGACAGCAAACGAACAGCAACGAUUUGUUUCUUUUGAUAGCAUCGAUGAGACCACUGACGAACCUGAUUUCGACGACGACGAUGACUUCUACCCUAACUUCGAGGAUGAUAAAACGGAUAUUGCACCAACUGAUCGCAACUCUGAUGGCAGCAUGGUCCAAGUCACACUCAAAAAUCAGGACCAGUUUGAUGACGAUGGCUAUCUGUCAGUUCCGUUGUUGGAUCAGGAACAUGCUUGGAUGUACGCUGCUUAUCGCGCAAGCUAUGCCAACAACCAACUGGCUGGAUGGGGACUGCAGGUCAAACGGAGCGAGGUCCUGAAGUACAACGGUCUGACAAGCUAUUGGGCCAAAGAUGAGGUUCACGACGCACACGAAGAGGAUUUGGCUGUAGGCCGUAGCCAGGAAAGCAAUGGUACAAGGUCCUCGACCAUAAUCCCUGACGACCUCGUACUCUGCCCGCUGCCCCUGCCACCGUUUUCCGGCCCUCCCACAAGCAGCACGACCCCCUACAGUUCCGUCACCCACACCCGCACGCAAACUCCGGACCCCUCCCACCUCUUCCAGCUCGCCGGUGGCAGUGGCGGUGGCGAUAACAACUACAACAACACGGCAAGCAACCAACAACAUGCCCCAACCAACAGCCAUCACCAUUACCACCUCCCCAACCCCUUCGCACACCACCACCCCUCUUCCUCCUCCGUCGCCGUGCACCACUACCCAUCCACCACACCGCUCCCCACGCGCCCUCCCUCCACCAAAUCCAACUGGUCCGCCUCGCCGCCGUCGCACGACAAACAACCAAACGACCACGACGGCGUCGGCGUCGGCGUCGGCACGUGGUCUUCGACCACCACCACCACCACAACAACAACAACAACAACAACAGCAUCAGCCUCAGGCUUCGGCACAGCAACAUCAACCACAGCGGACCUCAACGGCGUUGCCAAUGCCGUCGCCGGAGCCGCUGCUGGCACCACAUCAUCACCAUCAGCAUUGGAGGGAGGCGGACCCCCUCAUUGCGGGGCAAGGACGUGCAUGGUGUGCUGGCUGCAGCUCGACGGCCUGUAUCGCACGUGCGCCGAGUGCGGGCACGCGGUGCAUGCCGAGUGUGGCGGUGAGGCGGCUGAUGGUAAGGGGGGGCGCCGUCGCGGCGGCGGCGGGGGGUUGCUGGGAGAUGGUGGUGGUGGGUUUGGUGGGGUGUGUUGGCAUUGUGGUGGGUGA